AUAAGAUAAAAUUUAUUACAAAUUAUACAUGAAUUGAAAAAUUAUUCACAAACAAAAUUUUUAUGGUAUAAAUUAAGCGUUCUGAUCCAGCUGAUUUUAAAACUUUUGUUUAUACCACAUGAUAGUACUUGUUCUUGUGACUUCAACAAAGGAAAAAAAAUUAUCCGCUCUAUUAAGGUUCGGGAGUUAUGGGCCUCCAAAGGUCUGAUAUAUAAUUGGAUAUAUCUCGAUCACUGAUAAACGGAUAUGGUCGAUAUGGGUAUCAUUGGAAAGGUCUUUGACAGAGCUUUCCACUGAUGCGUUAGAUGACAAAUAUUAUUAACCCAUUGAGAACCAGGGUGAUUUUUUUUGUUUUUUCCUUUGACUUUUUUUAAAAAAGUACCGUUAUCUCUAAAACAUAUCGAUAUAACGGUACCUCAUCUUACGUGAAUGUUUGUAGACAACAUUUGGGGCUUUCCUUUGAUAUAGGUUUGAAAGCUAUAACCCAUGAAAUGCAGGUGUUAUUUAAGUUUAAAAUUUUAUAUUUUCAUAAAUUUUGAUUUUUAUCAUAUGUAAUUAUAAAUCUAAAGUGCAUAUUAUUUGAUAUGGUCAAUAUGGGUACCAGUGGAUAGGUCUCUGAAAUACCUUUCAAUUGAUGUAUAUUGUAACUUAUAUCAUUAACUCAUUGAGAACCAGGGUGAAUUUGUUUGUUUUUUCAUUUGUCUUUUUUUAGAAAAGUACCGUUAUCUCUAAAACAUAUCGAUAUAACGGUACCUCAUCUUACGUGAAUGUUUGUAGACAACAUUUGGGGCUUUCCUUUGAUAUAUGUUUGAAAGCUAUAACCCAUGAAAUGCAGGUGUUAUUUAAGUUUAAAAUUUUAUAUUUUCAUAAAUUUUGAUUUUUAUCAUAUGUAAUUAUAAAUCUAAAGUGCAUAUUAUUUGAUAUGGUCAAUAUGGGUAUCAGUGGAUAGGUCUCUGAAAUACCUUUCAAUUGAUGUAUAUUGUAACUUAUAUCAUUAACUCAUUGAGAACCAGGGUGAAUUUUUUUGUUUUUUCAUUUGUCUUUUUUUAGAAAAGUACCGUUAUCUCUAAAACAUAUCGAUAUAACGGUACCUCAUCUUACGUGAAUGUUUGUAGACAACAUUUGGGGCUUUCCUUUGAUAUAUGUUUGAAAGCUAUAACCCAUGAAAUGCAGGUGUUAUUUAAGUUUAAAAUUUUAUAUUUUCGUAAAUUUUGAUUUUUAUCAUAUGUUAUUAUAAAUCUCAAGUGCUUAUUAUUUGAUAUGGUCAAUAUGGGUAUCAGUGGAUAGGUCUCUGAAAUACCUUUCAAUUGAUGUAUAUUGUAACUUAUAUCAUUAACCCAUUGAGAGCCAGGGGCAAUUUGUAUAUAUUUCUAUUUAUUUUUUUUACAAAAGUACCGUUAUUUCAAAAAUAAAUCGAUAUAAAGGUACUUUAUGUCACAUGAAAUCUUAUAGACAACAUUAUAAGCUUUCAUAUUGUUCAAGUUCGAUUUAUGGUUUACACUUGUUUUGAUAACAUAUGCAAAUACUAUUUUUUGCAACGUUAGAAUCUUAUUAAGCUCCGCUUUAUUUACAACUUUGUUGGAAAAUUCUAACGAGUAAACCGUUAACGGUACCUAAAUAUUGUUUGCCACCAAUCUACGUUUUGUAAAUUAAAAAACACUUCUUUUCUGAUCGUCAACAUAAGCACUACGUGCUCUUGGCGUUAUUGCUUCUACGAGGUAAAAUAAUAAUAAUAAAUAAAUACAGAGAGAUCUACGUCUCAUUAAAUUUGCAAAUAUUUUGUUUUAUUUUCAUAAAAUCUUGGGAAAUUGUGGUGGAGCUGAACAUUUGGUCCUAGCGAACCGGAUUUUUUGUGUAUCAUAUACGGAUUUUUGGCAUCUUCACUCCAUCAUCCCUUGGAAAACAUACAGUCCACCGAAGAUAUAUUUUUUAUUAAUUUUUACGAAAUUUCUACGAAAUAAGGUACGUAAAUAUAUUUCAAUUGUGAGCAAGUGAUAAAAAAUUCUAUAGUUGUUUCGCGAUCACACACACAUAUUUUUUGUGAUUUUUCAAUUGGUUUAACUUGUUGUAUUUGUGGAUAUUUUGCACUAAUUUUAACUUUAAUUUAUAUCAAAAAAUAUUUAAAUUCUUUUGAUCUUACGGACAAUAAUUUAAAGCGAUAUUGUUGAUCUUAUUUUAUUAUAAAUUAGUGUUUCAUUACAUUUUCUUUUGUGCGUUUGUUUGUUUACAGAUUUACAUCUGUAAAUUCUACCAACAAAAUACAUUACGGUGUAUUCUUGUUCUUCCCUUAUAUUGGGUACCCUACGGUCGGUCAGUUUGACUAUUAUCAAGUUUGUUGAUAUAAAUUUUGUAUUCAAUUCGUAGUUUAAUAUCGAGUUAUUAAUUCAUCUAUUUUUAUUACAAUUUUUAAAUAUUAAAAAUGUCGGUCACGUCACUAAAUGCGUUUAUUAGAGCAUCGGAUGCUCUCGUUGCAUACCGCGUGAGGUUUGAUAAUUUAGAUGAUGAAUUGCAUGACGUUUUUAAGUUGGAGAUUCGGAAACGGGAGUUAGAAAGACUUUGGGACAAAGUUAAUUCGACGUACGAAGUAUGUCUUAACACUCUAGAGUCUAGUGAAUUUAAAGUGGUAGCGGAAAAAUAUCAAGCCACAUCUUAUGAAUAUAUUGAAUGUGGAGGAUCUAUUUCUAAGAAAAUAAGAACAUUGGAAUCCGCUUCAAAAACUAAUGAACCUCCAACAGCGAAUUUGAAUUCCGAUACUUCAGAGCAUAAUCUGACGCUCCCUCCAUGCGAUAUCGACUCUUUCGUAGGGGAUUAUGUUUCAUGGCCCGCUUUUAGGGAUUUAUUUACCGCAAUUUACAUUAAUAGCUCGCGGCUUAGCAAUAUAGAACGUCUUUGCCAUUUAAUACGGAAAACCGAGGGUGAAGCUAAAACAAUCGUUUCAAGAUAUCCAUUAAAUAAUAAUAGUUUUGAGUUAGCUUGGCGCGAUUUAAGGAAUACAUAUGAGAAUCCUCGUAUGUUGGUGCAUAACCAACUAAAGCUUUUAUUUAGUCUUCCUGCCUUUGACAAGGAGUCGAUCACAGCACUCAAAACCUUACAGAGCGGAAUCGAUAGUUUUCUUACGGCACUUUCUAUUUACAAUGUGCCUACAGAUAAUUGGGACCCAAUUAUCGUGUUUAUGUGUAUUCAACGUCUACCUAGUUCAACAAUUAUUUUAUGGGAACAGGGCAUUAAGGACAAAUUAAGUUUAUCUUCAUGGAAAGAUUUAGAUAAUUUUCUGAAGGAAAGAAUUCUGACUUUGCAAUGUCUUCAAGAAAUUAAAGGUACAAACUCCACUAAUAUGGAAUCUUCAUUGCAAUCUCACAAUUCUUCCGUUAAAAUUUCUUGUAUUUUAUGUCCUAAUCAGUCCCACUACUUGCGAAAUUGUCGUCGUUUUAAAAGUCUUUCAAUAUCUGAUAGAAUUUCAACAGUGAAUGAGCAUAACUUCUGCACUAAUUGUCUUUCGAGGACACAUACCGCCAGAAGUUGCAAAAUCAAUAAUAAUUGUUAUAUAUGCAAUAAUCGACAUCACUCGAUGCUUCAUUUACAACAUUUAGAAAAUUCUGUGGUUGAAAGACCUACUGUUUCUACGGAACAGAACUCUGGUGCGGUUCUACGACCUACUAACUCCCACUACCAACAAUCACAUACGUCCAAUAAUGUAACGCCCAAUUCACAAGUAUUUCAUACUAGUCAAAACCAGUCUGUUCUAUUAGGCACAGCUACGGUAAAUAUAAUUCAUAAUAACAAUAAGCAUCAGGUCCGCGCUUUAAUUGAUUCGGGUUCGGAAUGCUAUUACAUUUCUGAACGAUUACGGAAAAGGUUAAAACUUCCCACGCAUUCUGCACACGCUCAAGUUUCUGGCAUCAAUAAUGUAGUUAUUGGAGUUUCUAAAUAUUGUCCUGUGGAAAUUGGUUCCGAUUUAGACUCUUCAGUAAACCUUAGUACAAACGCAUUUGUUUUACCAAAAAUUUCAGGAAAUUUGCCUUCAACUUCCGUAAAUAUCGAUAUUAAAAAGUUAUUGCCAAAUCUUCGUUUGGCGGAUUCUAAUCUUUUAGAUAGUAGGCCUGUAGAUAUUCUUAUUGGUGCGGAUUUAUAUCAUCGUAUAAUUUUACCGGAAGUACAGCAAAAUAUAUUAGGGUCGUUAUUGGCACAAAAAACUGUAUUUGGCUGGAUUCUGACAGGACCAGCCAAUCCUAGGGACUUUGAAUCACAUAUCGCAAAUUUACAAUACACUACGUGGUCCAACGCUUCUUAACGUUUGUUUGAAUAUUACUUAAAAUGCUCACAAGAAUAUAUUUACGUCUACUUUAAUAUACAUACUAAAUUUAAAUACACCACUUUGUGGUUGGGUCAUUUAUGACCAUGCCCCUCUUUAAGGGGCCCAGUUCAUGGUCUGCUUAAAACCAUUCUCCAUUUGAGAGCAGUAUGUAGUCUGCGGAAAACUACAUCCCAUAGGCUUUGUCCUAUGGGAACCCUUUUUCUACGAACCCAGUUCAUGGUCUGCUUUAAAACCAUUCUCCCUUUGAGAGCAGUAUGUAGUCUGCGGAAAACUACAUCCCAUAGGCUUUGUUCUAUGGAAACCAUUAUUUUACCAGCCCAGUCUGGUGUGAUACCUUUGAUCACUUGUUUUAUAAAAAAAAAAAAAAAAAAAAAAAAAAUUAUUAACAAAAAAAAAAAAAAAAAAAACAAUAAAUUUAUAGAUAUAGAUCUCAAUGUUAAUUGCAACACUCUUUAGUGUUGCAAGGUGGCCGGCAAUGUUCAAGUUCGAUUUAUGGUUUACACUUGUUUUGAUAACAUAUGCAAAUACUAUUUUUUGCAACGUUAGAAUCUUAUUAAGCUCCGCUUUAUUUACAACUUUGUUGGAAAAUUCUAACGAGUAAACCGUUAACGGUACCUAAAUAUUGUUUGCCACCAAUCUACGUUUUGUAAAUUAAAAAACACUUCUUUUCUGAUCGUCAACAUAAGCACUACGUGCUCUUGGCGUUAUUGCUUCUACGAGGUAAAAUAAUAAUAAUAAAUAAAUACAGAGAGAUCUACGUCUCAUUAAAUUUGCAAAUAUUUUGUUUUAUUUUCAUAAAAUCUUGGGAAAUUGUGGUGGAGCUGAACACAUAUGUUGUAUGUUUGAAAGACCUAACUCAUGAAAUGCAGAAGUUAGAUAACUUUAAAAAUUAAUAUUUUAAAAAAAUUUUGGUUUUUAUGGAAUGCAUUUGUAUAGAUUGACUAUUUAUUAUUCGAUAUGGAUAUCAAUGCAAUGGUAUUGAAAUAUCUUUUGAUUGAUAUAUAAUAUGGUCCAUAUCAUUUAUAUCAACCUAUUAUUAGCCAGUGCCUGUGUUUUGUAACUUUCGAAUCGACAAAAAAAAAAAUCGAAAAAUUUAUAAUCGUCUUGUUUAAA